UGGAGCAGUCGCAAACGCGUAUGUCGUGAAAAGGAAGCGGGUGUUUGGUAAACGCGACUUUCCUUUCGGGGCUCCGUGGUCACUCCCAAGUCCAACCGGUUCAACCUGUCUGCAACAGGUGAGCGCUGCCAUUGAGUCAUGUCAGAGCAGCAGACUGAGCAUAUUUUCUUUGCACUAUUCAGCAGUGGCAACGCAUGCAGUAUUUUAAUCGAACCGGAGCUUUUCAUGUGUUGUAAUGAAGCUUAUGUAGGGUGGUAGGAGGAGGAGGAGGAGGGCGCUCAUGGAAGCGGACAAAACAAAGGACAUUGAGUCCUUGAUGGACGACAUGGAUUACAUUCCUGGUCACUUCCACUUGGACCUAAACCUCAACUGUGAUCCCGUUGGACCUUUGAAACUGAGACACAGAGACACUUACCUGAAACAGGAGAGUCUCAAGGGGGAGCUGGAGGCUGAAUCUGGAUAUUUACAGUAUGCUGUUCGCAAUCUUCUCGGACUACUGGCCUUUCAUCUGGACCACCUUCAAACCGCAGAGGAAAUAUUCAGAGGCAUUUGCAAAGAAGAUCCGGGGAACCUCAACGCUUGGGCCAACCUUGGCUACGUGUACGACAAGCUGGGAAGAGAGCUGGAUUCCGGGGAAUGUGUGGAGAAAGUGUCCCAACUGAUGGGCUUAGAUGGUGAGGAGCCCACCAAGGAAGACAGCAGGCAAAUGGCGGCCCGCUGCCUGGCAGAGCAGGCCUACGUUUACCCCUAUGAUGUGGAGCUGGAAAGAGACGAUGACUUGAGGGAGAAACUGACUGCAGCCCUGAUGCUCUUUAACAAAGCUCUGGACUACGGCGGGCACCUGAUACCAGUGGAAGAAAAGCGAAGCUGGUACUUCAAGAUGGCGACCAUUUAUAUCAGACUAGAUGACAUAGUAAAGACCAAAGGGGAUGCUGAAUAUUCCAGACUCUCUCAAUAUAAUAAGGGCUUAAGGCUUCUCACGGAAACACUCGAAUCGGAGAAAACACAACUAAAAGCUCUUUCCUGGUGUUAUGUUGGCAUCAUGCUGGAGAGACAGGAUGAGUUCACCACAGUGCCCAUGUCCAUACACAAUUGCGGCUACUCAGCUACCGAUCCCUUGUCCUGCUAUGGAAAUGCUAUAAAGUUGGCGAAUGAUGACGCGUUCAUCCUCAACCUCCUGGCCAAGCUGUUCUUUCUGCUGGGCAAGCACGAGAUGGCCACAGGGAUCUGCAACAUGGCUCUCAAUGUGCUGCCUGACCCGGAGCUCAAUUGGCAGGCCUACUGCACCCUGGCCAAGAUCAACACAAUGCUUUACAUCAGAGACCUAGAAAAGGCCAAAAGUGGGGAAGGCGGUGUCCCAGACAGACAAAUGUUAAGCGAGGCCCAGAAAAACCUGGACAAAGUCGUGGCUGUGUGUCCUUGCUUGAGGACUCACCUGGAGAUGGCACGGGUGUAUUACUACAUGGGUGUAGAUGCACUGCAGGAGAGCCUCUUAGUGGACGAGGGGGCAAUAAAUAACGCCUUGGUGAGUCUGUCCCAGGCCCGACUGUACGAAUUGGGAGACAGCUUGCCUGAUCUGCACUUGCUCAAAGGACGCUGCCUCCUACUGAAGGGCGAGGAACAAAACGCCGCAGACUGUUUCAAAUGCGCUCUGGACUUAGAAAGAGCGUCAAGUAGCGACACCGCGGCCCUGCGCUGCCUCCUCCAGGCCUUGCUGGCCGUGUUCAUUCAGGGAGGGCCGGAGGUCAACCACGUUAUCACCCAGAUGGAGCAGUGUUUGCAGAGGGCUGAGGAGAAGUACCCCGAGGACGUGGUGAAGGCCGAGCUGCGGUGCCUGUACCGGACAAACACUCCGGAGGUCACCGAGCUGUCUCGAGCCCUCAUCAGGACGGGACGAAUGCAGCUGGUCAGAAGGCUACUGCAGACUGUGGCGCCGAAACAAAUGGACAAGAAAAGAACACUUGCCAGAUCUUUGUCCUUUGCGUGAAGCCCCCAGAAAUGACCAAAGCAACUUGAAAAACGCAUGACAUAUUAAGCAAGGCUGUACUGAAAUGAAGUUCGACUUCAACAUCAUAUUGACACUGUGAACUCACCAUGACGAAUAUAAUCCCAAGUCAUUAAAAAUAUAAGAAACAUAAAUAGAGUCAUACUUUUUCUGCAUUUAGUGCGAUCCACAAUGUUGUUAACACAAUUAAUAUUACGAAUUAGUAGCCAGCUGAGUCACUUGUAAAGCAACCUGAAAGGUUUUUCAGGACAGAGUUGAGACACACCUGCGUGACGAAACAAUGGCCACUUGACGAAAUGCACAUUGCUGCCAUGUAUUCAGGUUCUGCUGCAUUGCUCUGUGUUUUAUUGGACAAGAUUCUCACACUGUCAGUCUUCUCUUGCUUUCUUCACCUGUGAUAAGACGCAAGAUCAAGCAGCAUGUCUCCAAAGCAGAAAUUGACAGAAUGGGACAGUGGCCUUCUUGAUUGCUGCCAAGACAAAAGCUCAUGCUGCUAUGGAUUCCUUUGCUGCCCCUGCCUGGCCUGUUCAGUUGCGGGAACAUUUGGAGAGAACCGAUGUCUCCCGUUGUGCGACAUGCUCAGCCCGGCUGUCUUGACGGCUUUUGGGAUCCCUCUGUUUGCACCCCCUGCAGCUUUGGCCCUCAGGGUGGGAAUUCGCAAUAGAUACGGUGUCAAGGGUUCAAUGUGUAACGACAUCUUGUCGUCGUGUUUCUGCAUGUGGUGCACCUGGUGUCAAAUGCACCGUGAACUGAAGUUUCGCAAGAAAAACCCCACCGUCGUCAAUAUGCAGCCGGCACCCCUCUAAUCGGCUCUUGUACCCAACUAAAUCUAGGCUGUGUGAGCAAGUCAUUACUUGUGUGAUUAAGUUGCAGCUAUACAGAUGAGCAUAAUGGGUACAGAAACCAGGUGAGAAAAAUAACUGGGCACAAAAUUGACGGCAAGCGACAGUGAAAUCCAUCGGGCUAAAUUGUACUUAACUGUAUAAACGAGAGAGUAUGCCAAAUGAGCACGCUUCUAAAGGUUUCUAAUAUUGAUCAACAACUUGUUUCGAUUCAUAUUCAGGCAUAACAUUGCAUUUGAUACAUUAAUCACGAUGACAGAAAAAUGCUGGGUUAAAAACUAUUUGGGUGGUUUGAAAAAAGUGUUUUUAUGCUAAAUUAAUAAAUCUUUUAGUUCACAUGGAGAGUCCCGCAAUGUUUAGGUAUAAGGAAUUUUUUUGAGGGCAAAGGGCGGGGGACAGUCUUAUAGCUAGUCAAUGUAUAUUUAAAAAAAAUAAUAAUAAUUUGACCAUUAUUACUGUCAUGCGACAGACGACUUCCAAACACAAUAAAAAUUCAGAUUAAACCCAA